AUGGGUAUACGCGAGCGGCUCGAACGGGAUCUGGCUGACAAGAAAGUUCUCGUCGUGGGAGCUGGAGGAAUCGGGUGUGAGCUGCUUAAAGAUCUAGUGUUGACUGGCGUCAAAAAUAUUCAUACGAUCGACCUUGACACUAUUGAUGUCUCCAAUCUCAACCGACAAUUUCUAUUCCGGCGUGAACAUGUGUCAAAGGCAAAGGCCGAGGUGGCUGCGGCCAGCGUCAAGAAUCUUCAGCCGGAUGUCAACAUCACAUAUGAUCACGAUUCGAUUUUCAAUGGCGAAAAAUACGGGGUCCAGUUCUUCAAGGGAUUUGACGCUGUCGUCAAUGCUCUAGAUAAUCGAGCGGCGAGAAGCCAUGUAAAUCGCCUCUGUCUUUCGGCCGAUGUGCCUCUGAUUGAAAGUGGUUCCGCUGGAUAUCUUGGACAGACCGCUGUAAUCCUAAAGGGCCAGACGGAAUGCUACGAGUGCGUGCAGAAACCGGUUCAGAAGACCUUCCCUGGUUGCACAAUCCGUAACACCCCCAGCGAACACAUCCAUUGCACCGUUUGGAGCAAACAUUGUUUCAACCAGCUGUUCGGCGAAAUGGAUAUCGACGAUGAUGUUUCUCCCGAUUUCCAGGACCCUGAGAAUCAAACCAACGGAACUGAGGCCGGCAAAGAAAAUCAUGCAAACGGCGCUAACGGAACCUCGAAUAACGACAGCGAAGCUCGCCCUGAACUGCCCAAUACACGUCAGUGGGCCGAGAUGCACGAUUACGACGCUAAAAUGAUUUUCAACAAGCUCUUCCACGAUGACAUCAGCUACCUACUUUUGAUGAAGGACCUUUGGAAGACACGUCGAGCCCCGAAGCCAUUAGACUGGUCCAACGCUACGAGUGGAGACUUUGGUGGUGGCAGCACAGAGAUGACUGACGAAUUGACCAACGUGACAAAGCAGUGGACUAUGUCUGCAUGUGCCAAUGUCUUCAACGAGGCUGUCAGUCGGUUGAAAGAUCGCAUGCGGUUGCUGCCGGAGGGUGAAUUGCUCGUUUGGGACAAGGAUGACACGGAUGCGAUGCACUUUGUCGCCGCUGCUGCUAACAUCCGUGCCCAUAUCUUUGGCAUCCCUGGAAAGUCGCUGUUUGAUAUCAAAUCCGAUGCCGGAAACAUCAUCCCAGCCAUUGCGACAACUAACGCUAUUGUGGCUGGCAUGGCCAUUGGAGAACUGCUGAAGGUACUAUACAAAAAGCAGGAUCGCGUGAAAAACGUUUUUGUCAGGAAGGAGGUCGGCGCCCGUGGUCAUAUCCUGGCCACCGACGGUCCAUAUCCACCCAAAAAGGGUUGCUUCGUCUGUUCGACGGACAAACGCGAGGUCUUCGUCCGCGUCAAUACAAAAAUUAUGACGCUGCGGCUUUUUGUUGAUAAGGUAUUGAAAGCCGGGUUCUCGGUUCAACAGCCAGAGGUUAUGGUGGAUUCGAGCAUCGUUUUCAGCGCCGAUGAGGACGAUGACAACUCGGGUAUGGAAGCCAAAUUGCUUCACGACAUCGGAUUCUUCGAUGGAAAAGUGGUGGUCGUGGAUGAUUUCUCGCAGGACCUCAAUUUUAACGUGAUCAUCAUCAACGACGACACCCUCAAAGCGGAUGAGCAUAAGGUGGACCAAGACAGCGGCGCCAAGCCAAACGAAACUGCCGCAGAAGAAGAAACCGAUCGCAAACGUAAGCUCGUCGAUGAGGACCAGUUGAACGACUUUAACGACCAGGCCAAGAAGAUCCGCGUCGAAGAG